AUGGCAGCUGCCGGCCCUCCACCGAGCGCGGCGGCGGUGGCGCUGCCGUUCCUGGUGCACGACGUCGGCCCCGAGUACUACGAGCCCCAGGCGCAGUACGGCAUCGCCGGUCGAUCCCUGGUGAACGCGGGAUUCGUCGAGUUUGACCCCGUCGAUGGCGAGCCGAGCUAUGGGUCCAGCUACCUCGUCGAGUCCCGCGGCGAGCUGUUUCUGGUCGUCGUCAUCUUCGACGGCGAGAACGUGCACAAGAUCGCCGAGGUCACGGUGUACCAGAUGGAUUUCUCGGCGCCGGCCUGGUGCAAGGUCGAUGGGAUUGGUGGUCGGGUGUUUCUUCUCGGCGGAGAUCGGAUCGGGGAGUCCAACUUCGGAGCAUCGUGCUCGGCUGGGGAACAUGGCCUCCAGGGCAACUGCAUAUACUUUCUGAAUCACUAUGCAAUCAACGAGAAUUUUGUGCAUAUCAUCGACUUGGAGAAGGGGACUGAAGAAGUGCAACGGCCCUUCAAGGAAUUCGUGGACCCGCUGCGCCCGCCAUUUUGGAUGUUACGUACAGAAGAGGUAGCAGAGGUGGACGACGACUCGGCAGCAGAAUUCCAACACUCUAUCUGGAGUCUUGCCUGUAACAUUUGUUUGGCAUAUGUUGGUCUUAUUCUCUAGUUUUCACGUUACUUUGUUGACAUCUGCUGCCAUUUUCCAGAGUUUGUAGUGACUGUCUCAUGGUCACGCUUGACAUGAUGUCGGUCUUGUUGUAUGCUGGAAGAAUCAUGUUCUGCAGUUGCCUUCUUUUUUUGCUAAAGGAAAUUUUAUUCCGGGCCUCUGUAUAAGGCACAGCCAAUCAUAUUAUGGAGGAAAAUUUUCAGGAUUGUUUU